UGUCAGCACUGCAACACCAGAACAACUAGAAGCAAGAGCCCUGCGACAGCUCAGGCACAUAUCAGAGGAUACGAAGGAGAUAACAACAUCUCAGCUGGAAGACAUAACAACGAGCUUCUUCAGGAUUGCAAGCUUGGACAGAAAGUUCAUCACAGACAAAAAUAUCUCAAUAAGGAGAAGUAAAAGCAGAAGUGAAGAUGAAGCUGUUAGUCAUCGCCGCCUUGCUUGCAGCACUUAGCGUUGAUGUGGCUUUUUCACGAAAAAAGUCGUGGUCGAGAAAGAAUUUGUCCCUUAAGUCCCAGGAAACAACCGAACUGAAUUGUCUGUCUGGGGAUGGGAGCAGUUACAGAGGAUCUGUUUCCAAGUCAGCACGCAACAGAAGAUGUCUCAAUUGGAGCUGGUUUUCUGAACCUCAAGGAGCUUCAAAGGGACUGGGCAACCAUAAUUACUGCAGGAAUCCUGACCAGAGCUUGAAGCCAUGGUGCCGUGUCCAAAGAGGAAAGAGGAUUGUGAGGGAAUUCUGUCAUAUUCCCACAUGUUCUACACCAACAGCGAAACCACUAACUGCUGUGGAUACAGAGCUGACUUGUGGUCAGAGGUCUGAGCGGAGGCUGAAUAAAAUCGUGGGUGGUUCUUUCACACCUAUAGAGUCACAGCCAUGGAUAGCUGCUAUAUUUUUACAGAAGGGUAAACGUUUCAACUGCGGUGGCUCUCUCAUCUCGCCAUGCUGGGUUGUCACGGCUGCACACUGCUUCCCUGAUGGUAAUGAGACUAACAUCGAGCAGCUGUCUGUGUACCUGGGGAAGACGAACAUCAAAGAAGAGGACGCUGAGAAGGAACAGCGCUUCACUGUGGAAAAACUGAUCAUCCACCAAGAAUACAAAGAUGGCAACUUCAACCAUGACAUAGCACUGUUGAAGAUCAGAAGUAAAAAUGGAGAAUGUGCGAUGAAGUCAGCAUCUGCACGGACCGUGUGCCUCCCGCCACUUCACACUCAGCUUCCUGCAGGAUUUCAGUGCAGCAUCGCAGGAUUUGGGAUGGAGAGACAAAUGGCGUGGCAUUUUUCGAACAGCCUGAAACAGACCAAUGUGAAACUGAUCUCUCAGGCUGACUGUAAAAGUGAAUCGUACUAUGGAGAUCUCAUCACUAAGAACAUGUUCUGUGCUGGGAGCCCUGACUGGAGCACCGAUGCCUGCUCGGGUGACUCUGGUGGUCCAUUGGUGUGUGAAGUGUCAGGUCGGAUGUUUCUCUUCGGGGUGGUGAGCUGGGGUGAUGGCUGUGCCAGGGAGAACAAGCCAGGAGUCUACACGCAGGUCACAAACUACAACAAGUGGAUCGCAGAAAAUGCAGGGCUCUCCAAGUUCACCAGCGGAAUAAUGUAUCCCAUGAAAUGAAGCUUUGGCACAAAGUCACCUGUUGGGCAUUUCAUUAGUUGCAGCUUUUUAGCGUCUUUGUGAAUGUAAUCAUGCUGUCGGUUCAGUGAAGAUUUACAGUAACAGUGCAAAGCAAAUGUUUAUUUAAAUGUCUUGUAUUGUAUAUAGUGUGUAAUAAUGUUUAUUACUUGUGCACAAACCUUUUCAUGCUGGAUGUCUGAAAGAAGUUAAUAUAAGUUUAAGUUUAAGUUUAUUUAUCUAAUUUUAUUUAAUAUAAGCAUUUCCUAUUAAAGAAGGCUGGCCCUGCUGUUAUGUAUUUUUUAUAAUUAAUAAAGAUUUUAUAUUGACUAUUCA